ACGUCAGUGAGCACUGCAGGAGCUCCCACACCCGGGGACGGUGUGUGAUGUGCGUCAGUGGGACAUUCAUGAAGUUUCCCAACGGACUGGAAGCCUGCUUCAAGUGCUCCACCUGCACCAAGGGGCUGCAGUCCUGAUCGAGUGGAGAAGCCUGGCAAGUCUGUUUAAACAAGGGAACACCCCACGCAGAGGGCUCCUGCCAGGGACCCUUCCCAGGGGCCUCUUUAAGUGCGAGAGGAAGGGUUCGAGUCCCCAGGAGCUUAAGGGAGCAAAUGACAAUGUGCGUUCAACAUUCCUGGGCCCCUGGAGGGGGCGGUGGCAGGUCGGCCCUGGUGCCCUGGUGGUGGGCCUGCACGUCGGGACCACCGUGGGUGCAGGCCUGCGGGGGGCUUUGCUCUGUCUGGCAAACCUGCUCAGCAGCGCCACAGUUCUGGGCAUCUGCCCCGGGGGAGGUGGGUGUAGACGUGGGAAGCACGCCCACGGCCGGGUUCAGGGCUCAGCCGCACCGGGACCUUCUCGGGGUGUCCCUUCUAAGGGUGAUGUGGGUCCCCAGAGCCUGCCCUUCCGUGACCCAGCCUUCCCUGCCUGCAGACGAGGAGGAGGUGGCGGGGUGCACGCUGACCCGAGACCGGGUGUGCCAGUGCCGACCGGGCCAUUUCUACCUCCACCCGGGAUCCUCUGAAAUCUGCAGCCGGUGUAGCAGGUGUCCCAAAGGGCACGUCGUUGUCCAAAGAUGCAACACUACUGAGGACACGGUGUGCAGCUUUCCUGGUCUAGAGAGGAGACACUGGUGGUCUUUGAUCGGAAGCUUUCUCUUUGUCUCAGUCGUAGUGACCCUCUUUUUCUGGCUUUCGAAGAAACCAACUGGAUGCAUGUCUGCGCACCCUGGCCUGUCUAACGGAGUCGGCGACCACAGACAGAGCAUGUUGCCUGAGCACUCGGUGUGCAGCUUGCCCGCAAACCAGGACAGAGGUGCACAGUCUGCAGUCCACAUGAUGGAAAAUUUCAGCCCAUCCAAAGACAGCUUGGACGUCAUGUCUGAGGCCCCAACCGCCACCAGGACCCUGGAGAGCCUGGCGGGUGUCAAUGGCCCACAGGCUGCGGCAGGUGAAAGAGGCCGGACCCCACAGCCCAUGCCCUCUGCCCCGUCUGAACCUGAGCUCCCAGUGGAUCUGCAGCAGCUACCUCUAGAAGCUAUUUCUUUGGCGGUUGGUUCCAGAAAGCACGUGGAGGAACGUGGCAAUGGGGGUCACAGCAGGCUCCUGCCCUCAAGACUGUGUGGCGCCCCGUGGAGGGGGUGGAGAGGAGUUUAUCCUGUGCGAGGAGCCGGGUGUGGUCAGCUCACGGAGCAGUCUCGGAUCGGCUGGCAUCAAGGUGACAUUUCAAGCAUCAUCACCCUCCUGGUUUCAACCAGUCCUAGGGUCUACGUGCCCGUGGUCAGCAGUUUUCAUCUGAAGGGGGACCUGCUUCCUGUAAAAACAACUUAG